AUGAGAUAUUCUCUUUGCUUGGCUACUGACCGUGCUUUCCUUUUACCUCUUUCUUUAUUGAAGGAGGUUCGGCUUCGAAGGUCACUGUGCCGUGAAUUUCCAUUAAAACCUUAUUCGUGGGAAGAAGCAGUUGGGACAUCCGUACUUGUUGAAGCUGAUGAUGGUUUGAAGUUCAAAGAUGAGAAGUUGGUGGCUUGCAAAGCCCUUAAAGAAGCUGGUAAAUUUGUUUUCUUAACCGAAAGAUUUGUACUGAUUGUUUUCAGUGCAAGUUUGAUAAACUUAGGCAAGUCUGAAUUUUGUGGCAUCCCUGUUGAUUUGGAGUGGAUAAUUGAAUGGGAGAUUGGACUAGAGAAUAUAAUACAUGCCGACUGUAGUGAAGGGGCUCUACACAUAGUUGGUAGUAGGCCAGACUCCUUAUUGAGGCAAAAUCAGCACUUUCCCAAGGGAGGUAGUGGUGGCAGAACUAGAUCUGUACAUUGGAACCAAUAUGGCACUCAUCUUCCAUUUCCUCAGACAAAUUUGGAACUAGCCAGUAAGGAAGAUGCAGCCAAUUUGUUACAGAUUUUAUUGUCUGCUAUCGUAAAAGAGAAAGGUAAAGCGUGGGACUAG